UUUCAGAUCGAACAAAGAAAAAGGAUAAAAAAGUGUGUGUAUUCGGGAAUCGGAGAAGGAGAAGAGAAGCUGAUGAUUCGUUCGAUGUGUUAAUAAAGAUCUCGACUUUGUUAACUCAUAGAUCCUUUAUCAUCUUAAUUGUUAUUUCGUCUGGUGUUGUUGAUGCGAUUGGAUCAUCUGAAAGAAGAUGAGUAUGGUGGAUGCGAUUGUUCCCGGAGACAUGGCUUGUUUGGAUGCAGAUUUAUUGCAGCUUCAAGAGAUGUCUUCGUUUGUACUAACUUCGAAACCUGGAUUCACUCAGAAGCUCUUUGACCAGUGGCUUUCUCUUCCUGAAGCUCAUCGACAGAUUGCAUCAUUGCUCAAGGAUGCUAUAGGUGGAGCUCCUAUAAAUGCAACUGGAAGUUCAUCUGGAUCAAAUUCUGCCACGAGUAAUUCUAUACCAUCUAUGUUUCCUGCGGGAAGUGCUCCUCCGCUUUCGCCAAGGAGUUGUGGUUCACCGCGUACAACGAAACAAAGAGGCCCUUCUAACUUAGGUUCUUCGCUGAAAGUCGUCAGUGAGCCUGUUAGAGAGCCAAUGCCUCAGUUUUAUUUCAAAAAUGGCCGCCCACCACCAAGCGAGAUGAGAGAGCAAUGCAUGUUUAGAAUCAAUCACUUUUUCUAUGGUCACAUGGAUGGACUACAGAUACAAGAAUUCAAAUUAGUCACCAGAGAAAUCUGCAAGCUCCCAUCAUUCUUCUCCACUUCACUUUUCAGGAAGAUCGAUGUCAAUAAUUCAGGUUUUGUUACUAGAGAAGCAUUUAUUGAUUAUUGGGUAAACGGGAACAUGUUGAUAAUGGAUACAACGACCCAAAUCUUCAAGAUAUUAAAGCAGAAAGAUCAGAGCUACAUUGUCAAGGAUGAUUUCAAACCACUACUUAAAGAACUGUUGGCGACACAUCCUGGGCUAGAGUUCCUGCAAACCACACCUGAUUUCCAAGAAAGAUAUGCUGAAACCGUCACCUACAGAAUAUUUUACUACAUAAAUAGAUCUGGGAAUGGUCGACUUACGUUUAGGGAGCUUAGACGAGGAAACUUAAUUGAUGCAAUGCGACAUGCUGACGAAGAAGAAGAUAUCAACAAAGUGUUGAGAUACUUCUCAUAUGAGCAUUUCUAUGUCAUAUACUGCAAGUUCUGGGAGCUGGAUACGGAUCACGAUUUCCUGAUUGACAAAGAAAAUCUUAUGAGAUAUGGAAACCACGCACUUACUUACCGGAUUGUCGACAGAAUAUUCUCCCAGGUUGCUAGGAAGUUCACUAGCAAAGUUGAAGGGAAGAUGGGGUAUGAGGACUUUGUGUAUUUCAUACUUGCAGAAGAAGAUAAAUCGUCAGAGCCUAGCCUAGAAUUUUGGUUUAAGUGCAUAGACUUGGAUGCAAAUGAGAUUAUUACGCGAAAUGAGAUGCAAUUCUUUUAUGAAGAGCAGUUGCAUCGAAUGGAGUGCAUGGCGCAAGAAGCUGUUCUUUUUGAGGAUAUUUUAUGUCAGAUGAUUGAUAUGAUCGGACCAGAGAACGAAAGCCAUAUAACGCUGCAUGACCUGAAGGGCUCAAAGCUCUCUGGAAACGUCUUCAACAUCCUUUUUAAUCUCAACAAAUUUAUGGCAUUUGAAACACGGGAUCCGUUCCUCAUACGUCAGGAGCGUGAGAACCCUACAUUGACUGAGUGGGACCGUUUUGCACAUAGAGAAUAUAUUAGGCUUUCAAUGGAAGAAGACGUUGAAGAUGCAUCCAAUGGAAGUGCUGAGGUUUGGGAUGAGUCGUCACUGGAGGCUCCCUUCUGAGUUCAUAGAGUCCCUGAGAAGAAUCUUUGGAGCUCUCUGGAGAAAGGGAAGUGAAAACCAAGCAAAGUAUCCUCUUUGAAUACCAAACACUUACCUUGGAUUUGUUUUAUUUUUCUUCUAACUUCUCUUCAUUUGUUAGCUGAUUAUAGUAGAGUUAUAUUUAUCAAGAAUUGUCGUCUAGCUCAUCGCUUUACGCCUUCUUCACCUGUAUUGCUUUCACUUUGUUCCAUCUCUGGGUUUUUGUAUGUACUUUGUCGAUGUGUUACUUCGUUAUCUCGAGCUGCUGAAAAUUGUGAUAAUUCCUUCAUUGACGUUU